AUGGCAAAUUUCUCCUUGGCUAGUUUUACGAACGCUUCGAACAUCACCGAUAGAGAAGCAGAUGUCCUACGAGCUGCUGGUUCUACAGUCAUAAUCAUCAUCAACACCAUCACUUUUCCCGUCACAGUUCUGCUGAAUCUGCUGGUGAUAAAAGCUGUGAAAACAACGCCUCGGCUCCAAACCAACAGCAACAUCUUGCUGGCCUGUUUAGCGGUGACUGACGCCUUAACUGGUCUCCUUUGCCAGCCAUUGUUUAUCCUGUGGAGAAUAUUCCUAUUAUUCGGUCUCAGUAAUAGUGACACGGUUGAACAUUUUUGUUUCAAAUCUCUAACUGUAAUAUUGACAGCCUCAUUCUUUCAUCUGAUGUUGGUUACGUCCGAGAGACUCAUAGCCAUCAAAUUUACGAUGCAAUACUCAAACAUUGUCACUUAUAAUAACAUGAAGAUAGCAGUGCUAUCAGUUUGGAUCUUUGCUUUCAUCAAUGGGAUUUUAAGAAUAACUUUCCUCACAGUAGCCCGUUUUUUUACUGGCCUUAUCACUAUUUCAUGUACUCUUUUUCUUACUUUCACUUAUUUCAUCAUCUAUCGAGAGACACUUCGGCACCAAAAAAUGAUAAAAGCUCAGCAACUUCCCCACGAUGUGGUAGAAAGGUUUGUCAAAGAGAACAAGGCUCUUAGGACAACUGUGGUUAUAGUUGUUGCUGCAGUUGUUUGCCUUCUGCCAGUUUGUUUCUGUCUUAUCGUAACAGCUACAGGCCUUUAUGAGAUUUGCCCCAUCGACACACGAUGGAGGUUAACAUAUUCCAUAUUAAACUCGCUUCUUAAUCCACUGAUUUACUGCUGGAGACAAAAAGAAAUGAGAGAAGUCAUCUUUGGACUAAGAACCCGGAUCGUGCCCGUAGAUAUCCAGUGA